UCUUCCGCGGGUCCCGUCACUUCCAGAAAGACCGACGCUUGGAAGAAUCUCUCGGCCCUUUGCAUCGCUUGUUAAUGUUUCAGUCGGUACACAGAUAUAUAUCUUUAUAUACGCAGUGUGUCUAUAUCGUCAGAUUUCCUUAGAGCGACCGGCUAUCGACCGCUGCUUGGCACUCGCGCUAACGGGCUGCUGAAGAAGGCUCCACGCCGAGUCGACGGGGACCGCUUGUUGUGACAGUCGGAGGGGGCGAGGGGGUUACCGCCACUCAGCGGUCAGCAGCGUCGGUCAUCAGGGUCGCGAGUGUCCCUCUCAGUGGGGAGGUCACUCCACCGGGGGAGGUCGGUGACCUGCGGGUGACCGGUGGAUGCUCCGAAGGUCGGACGGACACACGAUGGCUUCCAGCAAAGAGGAAGAGAAAUUGACAACGUCCGUGUCGCCCGAGCACGACCCAGACAACGAAAGCUUCCCCUUCCAGAGCGACUUCCCUCCAAACCCGCAGCAACGCGGCACCGUGCUGGCAUUCCUGUCAGGUGAGGAGUGCGACUUGUACAGCGAGCACAACGUCAGAUUCUGGAUGAACUCGGGAACCGCUCCCCAUGACAGCCGGACUUUCGGGAAUAUUUUGAAACACCUGGAGGAAUUGUUUCCUGGUACCAGCCGUAAGACGUCCACCAUGAAGUUCCUCGCACACGUGGUCCGCAUCGAAUACCACACGGAGAGCAUCGUUCGGCUGUCGGGCUUCUGCGACCUGGUGCGCUGGUUCGGGCCCUUCAGGGAAAUCGUCUACAAUCAGAAGAAGACGUGCAUCUGCCUGUGCAACCUGGAGUUGCUCAUGACGGAGUCACAGGUGCUCGUGUCGAAGCAGAAAAUAAGCUGGUUCGCGGGUCACAUGAGCAGCGCGGCGGCAGAGGAGAAGCUGCGGGGGCAACCGAGCGGCACCUACCUCGUGCGCUUCUCCGAGUCGGAGCGCGAAACGGGCAGCUUCGCGCUGUCCAUCAAUGUCGCUGACGGUGGUGGCACGGAGCACGUGACCAUCCAGGGCGACCCCAAGAUGGUGAACUCUGAGGUGGCGGCGGCGAGAGACGAUCCCAACCUGUGGCUGCAGUACUGCGCGGACAGCGACGGGCGCAGGUACCCCAGCCUGCCCGUGCUGAUGAACAAGCGGCUCAUGGAAGACUCCUUCCACGAUGACCACGAGGACACCGCCUGCGAGACGGCGUGCCCCGACCUGCCGCUCAACGCCAUAUUCAGGCCCUAUCGGAACAAUUCCUGAGUUUCCGACGAUCAGAGGUUGGGGGAGUUUACAGCACCUGCGUGUUUUUUAGAGAGUUUUCCAUGUAUCACUUGUAAACGUCCAUCAUCAAUUGAGGCUAUCCUGGUCUCCUGAGUUCUCGCCUAAUCAAACAAAGCAAACCUGACUUGAUUCUGCCAUGCUCACCCUUCCUGAGGUGAUCCUCACCGGCAAUGUCUGCCUCACCCCACGCUACCGCUCCAUGACUUGCACUCGUUGAUCUCUGGCUGUGCCCUCACCAGCUUCACUGGAUCCUCACCCAGUCUCACCUUUUCUGGCGUUACCUGCAUUCUUUUCCUGGCAUCCCUCUGAACUGGAAAACAUCGGGCCUACCCUGCCCUCUUCCCCCAUGCCCUCCUUGCUAAUUUUAUCCACCAAUUGGACUUUUGAUUACAGGCAGUCCUCAACUCACGAACAUCUGCACUUACGAACCAGCUUCCAUGAGAUAUUUAUUUUUUUAACAUCGCCUUGCGAACGCAAAUUUACACUUACGAACUGAACCGCGGAACUAUUUUGUUUUCAGCGGAGCAAUCUUCCUCGAGAUUUAAUGAGUCACAACCUCCCGCUGCCUGUGCGUGCGCGCGUGUGUGCGUGUGCGCGUUUGUGCGUGCGCGCAUGUGUGUGUGUGCAUGCACGCGUGUGCGAGUGUGCAUGCGCGCGUGUGCGAGUAUGCAUGCGCGCAUGUGUGCAUGCGUGACCCGCUCACGACCAACACCAGUGACAAUUAUCCGAAUGGGUCCUGGGCCUCCUGUAGGUUGACUCAGCCUCAAAUGAGUACCUGGUGUGUAUACAUCCUCACUGGGGAGUCAAAGGCGUCCGGGCGUGGUACUGGCCGCCCACCCCCUCGUGUGCCAUGGCAGCCUUCAUAGACGCUCGCUAACAGCAUUUGCCUGUCAAUGCAAUAGCACUGUUGUGAAUGUGUGUGCGCGCAUGCCCUGAGUGUGUGUGUGUAAUUGUGGGGACUCAUUGCGCCCCUUCUGACAAACAAGCCAUCGUUAGGACUCAAGGUAGAUGAAAAUAAAACAGAUUUUUUUUUCCUGUUUAUGUUACUUUCUUUUGUAUUUUAUUUACUAUACAGUAUUACAGUAUGAAAUGCAAAUUUACACUUUCUUAACGAGUUUAACAAUGCUUCCUUUUUUUAGUUAAACCGUAGCACAUUUGAUAACACUGACCGUAUGUGCAUUUAAAUACGGUACGUUAGUCUGUUCCGACUUACGAACCGUUCUCCUAAGUCGAGGACUGUCCGUACAGAAAUUCAAGUCGGCUAUUUAAUUUUACACGCUUUUAUUUAACUCUGUUGUCGUAUCCUCAAAUCUUGUAACUCAAUUUUAACCCACUUCCCAAUGUGGUAUCGACUGUAAACUUGGUAUACUUAUGUAAUACUGAUGACAAUACUAUAUUCUAUCAUUGCAUUUUUUUUUAUUUUAAACCAUCUUUUUUAUAUGUUAUGUUUCGCCUUGGGUCUAAUUGUUCACCCUCAACUGACGUUGGCUAUAAAUCACCACGGUCCCUUACACAUUCCUGCGGAGGGAGCUGGUAGGAACGUUGGGUUGCUCGGUCAAUGGCCAGGGUCAACGGCGGCGUGGUGUGUUCCGCAAAUAUGGCCGACUGUGAGGGCGGGCACAAGCCGGCUUGAGUAGGUUAAACGUUGGAGUUUUAUAAGGGCAACACGGGGUGACCAGCCCCUCCCCACCCAGCCCCACCCUCCCCACCCAGCCCCUCCCCAAAACAAAUAAAACAUGCUUCAAAUCGCUUUAAACUAUUGUCAUUGUCGUGCGUAUUUAAUGUGGCGCUGCACUCUGAUGUUGUAGGAGAAAACAUUUA